CUAGAUCGGAGUCAGAUUGUGCGAGAGUCGAACAAGUGAGGGCGCUCGUUGAAGGAGCGAAUUACAGUUUUUUUCGAAGGCAGUUCGUUUGUGUUUGAAAGCGGUGAAGAUUCGCUAAUUUCAUCAACAUGGGAAGCAAUUCUAGGGGAAAGGACAAGAAGACCGCGUCGAAGCGACGUGUUAGCAGCAGCGACAGCAGCAGUAGUGACAGCAGCUCUGCUAACUCCUCAUCAUCGGAGUCGGAAUCAGAAGCGCCGAUUCAGAUCAAGAAACAAAAAGUGGACUCGGCAACCAAGAAGCAGCGCAGGCGAGAGAAGAAACGAGAAGAAAGACGGAAGAAAAAGAAGGAACUAAAUAAAAUCUCCAGGGAUGACUUUUAUCACAAGAGUACGGAGUUCAGAUUAUGGCUUGUCGAAGAGAAAGGCAAAUAUUUUGACCAGCUGUCAGGGUCAAAAGCCAAGUCCUACUUCAAGAGAUUCGUGAAAAAGUGGAACAGCGGAAAACUUUCAAAGAAGUUCUACAGAGGUAUCGACCAUGAGGACGCAAGAACGUCUUUGACCAAAUACAAAUGGAAGUUUGCAGAGCUUCACACACCCCCAAAGAAACUGGACAUCGCCAAAUACAGUGACAGACACAACACCGCGAGGGGUGGGGAGCACAUGACCCCCGUGGCGGACGGACUCAUGAAGCCCAAGACGUUCUCGACAUUCGGCAAAUCGUCAUCAUCCGGUUCUCAGGAGGACGACUGUGGCACUUCGAUCGGUCCCAGUAGGCCUGUACAGGGUCCGGCAAGGCCUGUGCAGGGCCCGACAAGACCUAUACAGGGGCCCAUGUUACCAGGUUCGACACUUUCCCAAGCAGAACACGAGGACAGACAGGAACAGAGUGCACAACAGCUCAGGAAAGAGAGAAAAGAUUUCAGGAAACACAACCAAAUGGUUAUGGAAGAACUUGUACCCAAGGCUACAGGUCACGAAGCCAGGAUCGAGAAGAGACUAGCACGAGCUGACAAGAGACGACAAAGGGGGAACAGUCCGGAGACGAGAGAAUCGUUUCUGUUUGGCGGAAAGACCGACAUCCAAUCACAGCUGGACGCUCAUCGGCAGAAGAAGGAGCAAAGACGGGAACGGUUAGAGGACAAGGCUGCCACCAAGUUGGAGGUUUACCGGGCUAAGGAGAAAGCUAAAAUGACGGCACUGCUUGAGCAAGCAAGGGCCAGCAAAAGUGCCAACGCCCUUUGGUGAUCACGUUGGUAGUUCAGAGGAGCUUUCAACUUUGUCAUCCUUUUGAGCUGGUAAAUAGUAUGUUUGAUUUCAAAUUAAGUUGAUGUGUCUUUCGUUUUUCUGUUUUUCUGGUGCUGCCAAAAUUCAUGAAUGAAAUGUACUUUUAGGGGGAAAACCAAAUGUGAAUUUUGAAAUAAUUUGUAACUCUGAAUUUUAAAUAUACUUUUAAUUUUAUGUUGGAGUUUUA